AUGAACUCCAGGCUCCUCUCACUGGACCAAGACCAUCAACUCCAGGCUCAUCUCACUGGACCAAGACCAUCAACUCCAGGCUCCUCUCACUGGACCAAGACCAUCAACUCCAGGCUCCUCUCACUGGACCAAGACCAUCAACCCCAGGCUCCUCUCACUGGACCAAGACCAUCAACUCCAGGCUCCUCUCACUGGACCAAGACCAUCAACUCCAGGCUCCUCUCACUGGACCAAGACCAUCAACUCCAGGCUGCUCUCACUGGACCAAGACCAUCAACUCCAGGCUCAUCUCACUGGACCAAGACCAUCAACUCCAGGCUCCUCUCACUGGACCAAGACCAUCAACUCCAGGCUCCUCUCACUGGACCAAGACCAUCAACCCCAGGCUCCUCUCACUGGACCAAGACCAUCAACUCCAGGCUCCUCUCACUGGACCAAGACCAUCAACUCCAGGCUCCUCUCACUGGACCAAGACCAUCAACUCCAGGCUGCUCUUACUGGACCAAGACCAUCAACUCCAGGCUCAUCUCACUGGACCAAGACCAUCAACUCCAGGCUCCUCUCACUGGACCAAGACCAUCAACUCCAGGCUCCUCUCACUGGACCAAGACCAUCAACUCCAGGCUCCUCUCACUGGACCAAGACCAUCAACUCCAGGCUCCUCUCACUGGACCAAGACCAUCAACUCCAGGCUCCUUUUACUGGACCAAGACCAUCAACUCCAGGCUGCUCUCACUGGACCAAGACCAUCAACUCCAGGCUCCUCUCACUGGACCAAGACUAUCAACUCCAGGCUCCUCUCACUGGACCAAGACCAUCGCCUCCAGGCUCAUCUCACUGGACCAAGACCAUCAACUCCAGGCUCCUCUCACUGGACUAAGACCAUCAAUUCCAGGCUCAUCUCACUGGACCAAGACCAUCAACUCCAGGCUCCUCUCACUGGACCAAGACCAUCAACUCCAGGCUCAUCUCACUGGACCAAGACCAUCAACUCCAGGCUCCUCUCACUGGACCAAGACCAUCAACUCCAGGCUCAUCUCACUGGACCAAGACCAUCAACUCCAGGCUCCUCUCACUGGACCAAGACCAUCAACUCCAGGCUCCUCUCACUGGACCAAGACCAUCAACUCCAGGCUCAUCUCACUGGACCAACACCUUCAACUCCAGGCUCCUCCCAAGACCAUCAACUCCAGGCUCCUCUCACUGGACCAAGACCAUCAACUCCAGGCUCCUCUCACUGGACCAAGACCAUCAACCCCAGGCUCAUUUCACUGGACCAAGACCAUCAACUCCAGGCUCCUCUCACUGGACCAAGACCAUCAACUCCAGGCUCAUCUCACUGGACCAAGACCAUCAACUCCAGGCUCAUCUCACUGGACCAAGACCUUCAACUCCAGGCUCCUCCCAAGACCAUCAACUCCAGGCUCAUCUCACUGGACCAAAACCAUCAACUCCAGACUCACCUCACUGGACCAAGACUAUCAACUCCAGGCUCCUCUCACUGGACAGAGACCAUCGCCUCCAGGCUCAUCUCACUGGACCAAGACCAUCAACUCCAGGCUCAUCUCACUGGACCAAGACCAUCAACUCCAGGCUCAUCUCACUGGACCAAGACCAUUAACUACAGGCUCUUCUCACUGGACGAAGACCAUCAACUCCAGGCUCAUCUCACUGGACCAAGACCAUCAACUCCAGGCUCCUCUCACUGGACCAAGACCAUCAACUCCAGGCUCACCUCACUGGACCAAGACCAUCAACUCCAGGCUCAUCUCACUGGACCAAGACCAUCAACUCCAGGCUCCUCUCACUGGACCAAGACCAUCAACUCCAGGCUCCUCUUACUGGACCAAGUCCAUCAACUCCAGGCUCAUUUCACUGGACCAAGACCAUCAACUCCAGGCUCCUCUCACUGGACCAAGACCAUCAACUCCAGGCUCAUCUCACUGGACCAAGACCAUCAACUCCAGGCUCCUCUCACUGGACCAAGACCAUCAACUCCAGGCUCAUCUCACUGGACCAAGACCAUCAACUCCAGGCUGCUCUCACUGGACCAAGACCAUCAACUCCAGGCUCAUCUCACUGGACCAAGACCAUCAACUCCAGGCUCCUCUCACUGGACCAAGACCAUCAACUCCAGGCUCCUCUCACUGGACCAAGACCAUCAACUCCAGGCUCAUCUCACUGGAGAUCAGCUCCACGACUCUCACAACACCAGCAUUUGCAUAA